CCUUCCAGGGCGAGACGAAGGCCCCGCCGCGCUGCAUUGUGGUCCUCGCCGUUGUAUGUUGAAGCCGCAGAGGCUGUCGGGAACCACGGGAGGUGGCGGCCAAACUCCGAGCGGCGGUCGAGGGCCCGGCUGGAAACAGGCACCCCAUCGCCUCCUGGAGCUUCUCAAGCCUUCCCUGCAGCGCUCUCCCGGGCCCGGUUCGCCGUCGCUGCCGCCGACCGUCGUUGGGAACUCGGAAGAGCCUUUGGGAGCAUCUCCGAAUUUAGCUACCUCGGAUGGGGAUGUGGAGGCAGGAGGCGGAGCUACCUGGGCAGAGAAGGCCGAAGUUGAGAGCGAGAAGCGGAGCGCAAAACUCCUGCCUGGCGCGGUGGGUCCCUUGAGGCCUCCGAAAAGCAGCCCUCCGAGGCCCAGGAAAGUCUUUGCGCGGCUUCCCGGUGAGGUGUCCGUGUGUGCGGGGGGGGGGCGAAACUCCGAAGAGGUCCCCUCGGGGCUCUCCGCCCCGGUCCUCUCAACUUUUUCUCCGCUUUCUGUGCUCCUUUAACUCUUCCUUGCCUCGUGAAGGUGGCGGUGCGGAGAGCUCCCGCCUUCCCGUGGAAGAACGGCAGGAUCAUGCUUGGCACCCACAUCCCAAGGACGGUCUUUGGAUCUUGGCUCUGCUUUUGAAGUUUUCCUUUCGCAGCAACGUCCCCCCACCCCACCCCCGGAAAGAGGAAUUACAAAUGCACGGGAGAAGACACGGAAACUUAAGAGACGGAAGAUAGGAGUGUCUUCUAGUGCCUCCGUGAGAAUUAUACCAAUUUCAGCUACUUCUUCUUCUACAAUUGUUGAAGUAAAUGCCGUUGUGACCUAGAGUAAGAUUUCUACAUCAUGCACAAUUUGCCGGCUCAAAGACGCUGAGAAAGCAUUCGGUCUUUCUCUCUUUUUUUGCACAUAACCUCUCGCUUUUGGAAAAAAAAAAAAGAUUUGUGGACCAGGCUUCGAAUAAGGGAGCUUAAUGUAAACAUACGUUGUUUUAACCCUUUUACUGCGGAAAACUAGAAUAAUUGAUCCUCCUGUAGGCUUAUCUUUUGUUAGGAAGAUUACUUAUUGCCUUUGUGUGACUACCCAAGGUGUGAUUAUUUAAUGAAUGAACAUUGUAGUCAGGGUGGAUGGCUGCUCUACCAUUUCAAAUGCUUUUGGAAAUCGUUAUGCAAACUUGCUGAAAAAAGCUGAUAUCGUUGGGAAAAAUUGAUCUCUCUUGACAAAUCUCUUUUAUCAAACAAGAUGAUGUGUGAAGUGAUGCCGACCAUCAGUGAGGCAGAGAUUCCCUCAGGGGGAAGUGGAAACCGUGGUUCAGGUUCUCCCCUUCAGUCGGAUGCUGAUUCCCAUUUUGAGCAAUUAAUGGUAUCCAUGUUGGAAGAGCGUGAUCGCCUCUUGGACACAUUGCGAGAGACUCAAGAGACACUUGCAUUGACCCAGGGUAAACUACAUGAAGUUGGUCAUGAGAGGGAUUCUCUACAACGACAGCUUAAUACUGCACUUCCUCAGGAGUUUGCAGCACUUACUAAAGAGCUUAACAUAUGCAGAGAGCAACUCCUUGAAAGGGAAGAGGAAAUCGCAGAACUGAAAGCAGAAAGAAACAAUACAAGAUUACUACUAGAACAUUUGGAAUGCCUUGUUUCCCGGCAUGAAAGGUCUUUAAGAAUGACCGUAGUAAAAAGACAAGCUCAAUCUCCAGCUGGUGUUUCUAGUGAAGUUGAAGUUCUCAAAGCACUAAAGUCUCUAUUUGAACAUCACAAAGCCCUUGAUGAAAAGGUAAGAGAAAGAUUACGAGUAGCACUUGAACGAUGUAGCUUGUUAGAGGAAGAACUAGGUACUACACAUAAAGAGUUAAUGAUUUUGAAAGAACAAAACAAUCAAAAAAGAACACAAGCUGAUGGAAUGUCUGAUAUUAAUCAUCAAGAGAAUAUACCUAGCACUAAUGGGAAGAGAUCUUCCAAUGGCUCUUUGAAUCAUGAUGAAGAUCUUGCUAAAGUGAUAGAACUUCAAGAUAUCAUAGAAAAGCAAACUAAAGAACAGUCGCAAAUGAAAGAGAGAAUCACUGCCCUUUCUAACAGAGUAGCAGAACUGGAAGAAGAUCUUGAUACUGCUAGAAAAGAUCUAAUCAAAUCUGAAGAAAUGAACACGAAGUUGCAAAGAGACGUACGAGAAGCAAUGGCUCAGAAGGAAGAUAUGGAAGAAAGAAUUACAACUCUUGAAAAACGCUACCUCGCUGCACAACGUGAAACUACAUCUGUGCAUGAUCUUAAUGAUAAACUUGAAAAUGAAAUUGCUAACAAAGAUUCAUUGCAUCGACAGAGUGAAGACAAGAAUAGGCAGUUACAAGAACGAUUAGAACUGGCCGAACAAAAAUUGCAGCAAACUCUGAGAAAAGCUGAAACUCUGCCAGAAGUAGAGGCUGAAUUGGCUCAGAGAGUAGCAGCACUUACUAAGGCUGAAGAAAGACAUGGAAACAUUGAAGAACGAUUGAGACAAAUGGAAACACAGCUAGAAGAGAAAAAUCAAGAACUACUAAGGGCUCGGCAAAGAGAGAAGAUGAAUGAAGAACAUAAUAAACGUUUAUCUGAUACAGUUGAUAAACUUUUAUCUGAAUCUAAUGAGAGACUUCAGCUUCACCUUAAAGAAAGAAUGGCAGCUUUGGAAGAUAAAAAUUCCCUUCUCCAUGAAAUAGAAAGCACCAAGAAACAGGUGGAGGAGCUUCAAAAUGAAAAGGAUCAGUUGGUAGUAAACAUUGAAGCAAUAAGGGCUGAAAAUGACCAGUUAAGGAUCAGGGCCCCUGCCCUUCAUCAUAGAGGGCCACAUUUAGGUAGUGUACCAGAUUUUAGAUAUCCACUGGCACCUUCAGUUAUAGCAGACAAUCAGACAGAUUCCUACAGUACCUCAGUUCUAAGACGGCCCCAGAAAGGACGCUUAGCAGCUCUGCGAGAUGAACCUUCAAGGGUUCAGACUCUUAAUGAGCAAGAUUGGGAACGUGCACAACAAGCAAGUGUGUUGGCAAAUGUUGCACAAGCCUUUGAGAGUGAUGCUGAUAUCUCAGAUGGCGAAGAGGACAGAGAAACUAUAUUCAGCUCAGUUGAUCUCUUGUCACCUAGUGGUCAGGCAGAUGCACAGACCUUAGCCAUGAUGCUUCAGGAGCAAUUGGAUGCCAUCAAUAAAGAAAUUAGAUUGAUCCAAGAAGAAAAGGAAAACACUGAGCAAAGAGCAGAGGAGAUAGAAAGCCGUGUUGAUGGUGGGAGUUUAGACAAUCCUGGUCAAUUUCGAUCAAUGAACUCUAUCCCACCCCCCUUUCCUAGCAGAAACCUUUCUGGCUCCUCUCCACCAGGUAGUGGGCUUUCUACUCCUCGAAGAAUGCCACACAGUCCUGCUCGAGAAGUAGACAGACUAGGAAUUAUGACAUUAUCUGCAGUUUCUAGAGAAGAAGUUAGAGAUGACAAAGCUACAAUAAAAUGUGAGACCUCACCACCAUCUUCACCUCGAUCACUGCAUUUGGACAAAUCUUAUAAAGGAGCUUUGCAUACAGUGAGCCAGGAAGAUAUAAGAGAUCUUCGAAAUUCCACAGGCUCUCAAGAUGGACAAGUAAGCAAUCCCAGUAGCAGUAAUAGCAGUCAAGAUUCCCUCCACAAAGCUCCUAAAAAGAAAGGGAUCAAAUCUUCAAUUGGCCGCCUGUUUGGUAAGAAAGAAAAGGGUCGAUCUGGACAGAUGAAUAAAGAGCUCUUGGGACAAGUUAGUGCAUUAGAAGCAGAAAGUUCAACUCAGGAUGGUUUGGGGCUUGGAAAACUUGGAGGACAAGCAGAAAAGAAUAGAAAACUGCAGAAAAAGCAUGAACUUCUUGAAGAAGCUCGGAGGCAGGGUCUGCCUUUUGCUCAGUGGGAUGGUCCCACGGUGGUUGUCUGGUUAGAGUUGUGGGUUGGGAUGCCAGCUUGGUAUGUGGCUGCUUGCCGUGCAAAUGUGAAAAGUGGUGCCAUAAUGUCAGCCUUAUCUGAUACUGAAAUACAGCGUGAAAUUGGAAUCAGUAAUCCUUUACAUAGGUUAAAACUGAGACUGGCCAUACAAGAAAUUAUGUCACUAACAAGUCCUUCGGCUCCUCCUACAUCAAGAACGACUACAGGAAAUGUCUGGGUAACGCAUGAAGAAAUGGAAAAUCUUACAUCUACACCACAAACGGAAGAUGAGGAAGGAAGCUGGGCUCAGACUUUAGCCUAUGGGGAUAUGAACCACGAAUGGAUUGGCAAUGAAUGGCUUCCUAGUUUGGGACUUCCUCAGUAUCGCAGUUAUUUUAUGGAAUGUCUUGUUGAUGCUAGAAUGUUGGAUCAUUUAACUAAAAAAGAUCUUCGUGGUCAACUUAAAAUGGUAGACAGUUUUCACAGAAAUAGUUUCCAGUGUGGCAUUAUGUGUCUCCGAAGAUUAAAUUAUGACCGGAAAGAACUUGAAAGAAGAAGAGAAGGAAGCCUGGAUGAAAUUAAAGAUGUCCUUGUUUGGAGCAAUGACAGGAUGAUUCACUGGGUGGUGUCAAUUGGCCUUAAAGAAUAUGCAAAUAACCUUAUAGAAAGUGGAGUUCAUGGUGCACUUCUGGCCUUAGAUGAAACUUUUGAUCACAAUGCAUUAGCUCUUUCUUUACAAAUACCUACUCAGAAUACACAGGCCCGUGCUGUCUUGGAGAGGGAAUUUAAUAAUCUUCUUGUGAUGGGUACGGAGAGAAAGUUUGAAGAGGAUGAUGAUAAAAGCUUUAGACGUGCACCUUCAUGGAGAAAGAAGUUCAGACCAAAGGACAUAAGGGGUUUAGCUGCUGGAUCAGCAGAGACCCUCCCUGCAAAUUUUAGAGUUACCACUUCAAUGUCUUCACCUUCUAUGCAACCAAAGAAGAUGCAGAUUGAUGGCAAUGUAUCAGCAACACAAAGAUUGGAUUCUGCUACAAUAAGAACUUAUUCAUGUUAAAGACUUUCAUUGUUUAUCCCCACUAUUUCUACAGAUGAACUGAACCAUUUUGAACUCAAUGACCAUAUUUUGGAAACAGCUGAAAUCUUUAAUCUGUUAAUACUUGUUAAAUCAACACUUUGAAAUAUUUUAUUACAGAGUUUUUAAUUAGCAAGUGAAUUUGUGAGUACUAUAAAAAGUAUUUUAGAUUAAAUGUUUCUUAUACCGAUGUGGGUGUAUGUGUGUCCCAUUACUUAAUUUUCUAUUAGAAUUGUCUGUCACUCAAGUUAUUACUUUAUGUUAAUUUUAGUAUUUUCAUCUGAAUGUACUGUAAGGCUUGUAUGUAUCUGUCCCUAUAAGUAAUAUAGGGCUUGUAAAUUAUGCAGUUAUUGUAAUUACCAGUAAUGAGUUUAAUAAAGUGAAGGUGAAAUUUUUUUUUACAAUCUUUGUAAAGACAUCAUGACACCAAGCAGUAUAUAUAUAUUGCCGUUUGAAAAAUGCUACCUAGCUCUAAAAAUUGAAAUAAUUCCUUUUUUUCAGAGAGGCAUAUGUUUAUUAACAAAGCAGGCAUGGUACCUGAUUCCAUUUCCGUUAGAAACUGUACCUUUUAAACAUAACAUUUGAUUAUUUAGUGUGUAUUCUUAUUUAAGGCUUUUGUUUAGUAUAAUUUGCUUUACAUUCAUAAAUCUGGGAAUUUCUAGAACAUUAUGAAACAUGAGACCUAGCAAGGUCAUUUAUACUACUUUUUGUGGCUGUAUUUGUAUAGUCUAUGUUCAUUGAUUGAGCAUAAGCAAGCCAUAAAUGGAAAUAUUUUCUGUUAAGCAAGAAUAGCUACUAAGAGUACUUGACAGGCAACACAGAGUGCUCCCUCUUCUGUGUUUUGAUGUGAAAAUGUUUAUGAAAAGUUAUUGAUGCAGUUCUUUUAAUGGACCAAUCAUGAUGCACUGCUGCCUAAUGACAAAGAUGCUUAAGAGCAUAACAUACGGAGGCAUGUGGUAGUGCACCUAUUAAAAAGGCCUUACUUUUCUUAUGUCAUCUUUUAGAUAUAUUUAUAAGCUUGUUUUAAAAUCAAGACAGACUUUUUAGUUGUUAAUACUUUUAGUCAUUGCAAAAUGUAUAACUAGAAAAUGCAUCAUUAAUUUUUAAAUAGCAUCUUAUGAAGCCAGCAAGGAGGAGAUUCAGAUCAUGGUGCAUUAUUUAUUAUGCAAUAAUAUACAUGGCAUGUCUUUUUUCUGUUUUUUGUUUUGGCUCUUUUUAAAUUGUACAACUUGAAUUCAUUGUUACUAUUUUUUCUAUUAACCUUAUAUGUACUUUGAAUAAUGUAACAAAUUAUGUACAGUCUAAGUACUUUGAACUAUUUUUAUCACAGUAUUAUUUAUUGCUUUCUUUCAAUAAAUUUCUGAAGCAUUUUUCCACUGCCAAUAAAAUGCUAUUAUCUUGU